UCGAUCCCAGAUCCAAAUCUUUUUUCCCGAGAUGAUGAAACCCAGAAACUCAAUCGCAAAAACAAUAUUCCAAAAAUUCAAGAAUGUCAGUAAUCCCAGAAAACCCCCAUUUUCAUCAUCAUCAAUUUUGGAAUCAGUUCCAAGGGAGAAAGUUGAUUGUUUGGUGAUUGGAGCAGGUAUAGUGGGCAUUGCAGUAGCUAAAGAGCUUAGUGUAAAUUAUGGUAGACAAGUUUUGGUUGUGGAUUCUGCCCCAAUUUUUGGAACUGGUACAAGUUCUCGUAAUAGUGAAGUUAUUCAUGCUGGCAUCUAUUACCCUACUAAUUCUCUCAAGGCAUCUUUCUGUGUUAGAGGAAAAGAAUUGCUCUACAAGUAUUGCAAAGACCACGAAAUUCCACACAAGCAGAUAGGCAAGCUAAUAGUUGCUACUGGAUAUAUGUCCAAAUAUCCACUUUAUAUUGUCCCACAAGUGAAAUUGGAUCCGGAAUGGGGUGAUAGCAUUUGCAGAAUUUAUGUGUAA